UUCUAUUUCAUCAUUCUUGUUUUUGGUCACACAGAAGAGUCGCUAGAGAGAUCCAACAGCCGACGCAUGCGAAGCACCCCGAGCAUCUCCAACAAGCCCAACACAGACGACUUUGUGGUCAUCUACAACCGGGUGCCCAAGACGGGAAGCACGUCCUUCACGGGCAUCGCUUACGACCUCUGCCAUGCCAACAAAUUCAACGUCCUGCACAUAAACACCACUCGUAAUAUGCACACCAUGUCUGUUGCUGAUCAAAUGAAAUUUGUUUCAAAUGUCACAAGUUGGACGGCGAAGAAACCAGCUUUUUACCACGGCCAUUUAGCAUUUAUAGAUUUUGGAAGUUUUGGUUCCUCACAGCAGCCAUUAUACAUUAACAUAAUUCGUCGACCGCUUGACAGACUAGUAUCGUAUUACUACUUCUUAAGAAAUGGAGACGACCUAAGACCGAAACUCAAGCGGGCAAGACAACAGGGUCACACUAAUAAAGAGAGUUUUGACCAGUGUGUAGCGCGGCGGGGCUACGACUGCUCGGAGCAGAAGCUGUGGAUUCAGGUACCCUUCUUCUGCGGACAUGCUCAGGAAUGCUGGGUCCCCGGUAGUCGCUGGGCGUUAGAACAAGCCAAAUUCAACCUAGCCAAUCAUUACCUCCUGGUGGGCGUGACCGAGGAAAUGGAGGAGUUUGUCACCAUGUUGGAGUCGGCCCUCCCUUCGAUGUUCAGGGGCGCUGUGGAUCUCUUCAGAACAGGUCAAAAGUCACACCUGAGGAAAACAGCCAACAAACUGAAGCCCUCGGAGGAAACCAUCGAGUUCUUCAAGGCCUCCCCAAUCUGGGAAGUGGAGGAGGAGUUCUACAACUUUGUGCUGGACAAUUUCCACAUGCAGAAGAAGCGCAGUCUGAAGACGGUAGACGGCGUGGUGGUGCCGGUCAGCGGUCAGUUCUUGUACGAGAAGAUUCGGCCCAAGUGACAUACGAUGUGCCCUCGGGUCACCCAUAUAUGAAGCAAAUCUGGAUCUUUUUCACUGGGUGGACCUUUUGUUUUUCUCUUUUUUACUUCACUUUCUUCAAUUUCGUGUUCUCAGAACUAGAAAAAAAUUCACGAAUAUUUGUUAUCCAACAUGGCUUCAGUUAUGUUUUCUCAAACCUUGAUAUACAGAUUUUGAGAAUCUUCUUUUACCCACCAUCUUUAACGUAUUGUUGUUCUCAAAGCUAUACAUUUUUGAUAAUAAUACAUGUAGCUUUUUGGCUGACAUUUGUGGAGCUGUGCGUUCUCAAAAUGAGACCUGCUGAUUUUCAGAAUGUUCUAAUUUUUUGUUUUUGGUGAUGAAAGACUUCAGGCAUUCUUAAAGUCUGAUUUUUGUACGAUUGAAAACUUUUCCUAUUUAUAGAAAAUAGAUUUUAUUUUGGUUUUUGCGAAAGUACUAAUCGCAAAGGACCAAGUCAAAUUCUGAAAUUGUAUGAUAAGUUUGGCCCUGGUCUUGUUCCCAGAAGCUUGCAUAGGAAUGAGUAUGAUAUUGGUAAUGACAUCCCCGGUACCUGUCACUGGUCUAUGAUACAGAAAGUGAAGAUGAAAAGCAUGACUUGGCAAAUACUGACUGCUGUAAUAUAGAAUACAAUUUUUUUUUCAAUUCGCGAAACAAAUAUACACAAUAUUUGAAGCCAGAAUUUGGCACGGCCUGUGUAAUUAUUUAUCUUUUACCUUCGCAAACAACUCGUAUUUAUGUGAACCAUAUUUUCAUGCCUGCAGUCUCAGCAAAUAAAGAGUAUGUAUCAUAUUCUGUGAAUACUGUCCGGUCAACAUUUUUUCUAUGUGCUAUGCAUAUUUGCUAUGAAUAUUGACUAGAGGCCUAAGAUUAAGAGACUGGGGGGGGGGGUAUUUAUAAAUAUAUUUAACUCAUUUCAUAGACUGAUAGUUGACGUAUGUGUAGUUAACACAAAUGUGUAUAUUUCUGUAAGAUAUGGAUA